AUGGCUUCUCCGCGGCUGGAAACCUUCUGUUGCCCCAGCCGGGACGUCGCCACGCAGCUUGUGGUGUCUUUCAAGCCGGAGGUCUUUUGCGGCGUCUGCCUUGGCAGCGCCUCCACCGGUGUCCUCCUGAGCGCCCUGCAGCUCCUCCCGAAGAAGGGCCGAGGCUCCCGGACGAAUCCCAAGGCUUCCUCCUCCACCAUCAUCCUCCUCCUCAUCUCCGCCUGUGACAUGCUGGGCUCUCUGGGUAUAAUCUUCAGAUCUAUUGUCUGGUUAGGGUUCCCAGACUUUGUGGCAAAUAUAUCAUUAGUGAAUCAAACUGAUAUAUGGCCUGCUACAUUCUGUGUAGGAAGUGCGAUGUGGAUCCAACUUUUGUACAGUGCUGUCUUUUGGUGGCUGUUUUGCUAUGCUGUGGAUUCAUACUUGGUAGUUAGAAGAUCAGCAGGAGUAAGCACUAUUGUGUUGUACCAUAUGAUGACAUGGGGCUUGGCAAUUUUGCUGUGUGUGGAGGGAGUUGCUAUGCUCUACUAUCCUUCAGUUUCUAGUUGUGAAAAUGGAUUGGAGCAUGCAAUUCCUCAUUAUGUCACCACAUACGCUCCACUGGUGCUUGUUUUGAUGGCCAACCCAAUUCUUUUCAAUAGAACUGUGACUGCUGUUGCAUCUUUAUUGAAGGGAAGGCAAGGAAUCUACACAGAGCAUGAAAGACGGCUGGGGACAGAGAUUAAAAAUCGCUUUUUCAAAAUUAUGCUGGUUAUCAUUAUUUGCUGGUCAUCAAAUAUCAUGAAUGAGGGCCUUCUGUUCUACCUGGAAAUGCAGCCAGAUAUCAGUGGAAGCUCCAUGAAAAAUGUCAGAACUGCUGCACUGAUCACCUGGAUUAUAAUGGGAGUGCUGAACCCCAUGCAAGGCUUUCUUUUCACAUUGGCUUUUUAUGGAUGGACUGGCUGGAAUCUGGACGUUCAGUGGCAGAAAAGCAAAAUUCCAUGGGAUUCUAUGUCCACAUCAACUGCUCCUGAAAAUGGCUAUGCCUUGCCAAGUGGGAACUCUGUGAACUUCCAUGACUCGAAGAAAACACCAACAGUGCCCAGCCAUCAGACAGAUGAAACUUUAAGUAUACUAUCUGAAGAAAAUAUGGGCACCAAUGAUGGAUUAAUUAAGAACUCUCCUGUCUACCAAGGCUGGUAAGCUUCAGGAUCCAUUCACCCAUUCAUUGGCAAGAUUUAAUGUGCUUUAAAUACUGUUAGUUUAUUUAUUCAGCUACCAGGCCAGUGCAGAAGAAUGAAUGGAUACAUGAGUACAUGAUCCAGGCCUUGAAGAAAUGUUCCACGUUAUAUUUAACCCAGUUCAUAUGUCUUUUUAAUGGGACUCUCCAUUCAUUUGUUAAAAAAAGGCAAAGCAAAAUAUAAAUGGCUGUUGAGGCAAUUAUGAUACCAAUAAAUUCUGAGCAUGACAGAAUGAACUAUCAGUAACUUCCUUAACAUACUUUAUGUCUUCUGUAACUUAUAUUGCCAGUAAAACAAAUUUUACUUAAUAAAAUACG